AUGGCAACGUCCGCCCCCAGCCUGCCCAAAGAACAAUGGGCCCAAGUCUGCCCCAAAGUCGGCGGGCCGCUCGAAUACAAAAAGAUCCCCGUCCCUAAGCCCGGCCCCGACCAAGCCCUCGUCAAGAUCCAAUACUCGGGCGUCUGCCACACCGACCUGCACGCCAUGAACGGCGACUGGCCCAUCGACGUCAAGAUGCCCCUGGUCGGCGGCCACGAAGGCGCCGGCACCAUCGUGGCCAAGGGCGAACUGGCCACGGGCUUCGAGCUGGGCGACCGCGUGGGCGUCAAGUGGAUCAACGGGACCUGUCUGAACUGCGACUUUUGCGAGAACAGCGACGAGCCGCUGUGCGCCGACGCCCAGCUGUCCGGAUACACCGUCGACGGCACGUUUCAGCAGUACUGCCUGGCGCAGACCGCGCAUCUGACUCCCCUGCCGAAGACGGUCAAGAUGGACAAGGUCGCGCCGAUCCUGUGUGCCGGCAUCACGGUGUACAAGGGGCUAAAGGAGUCGCAUGCGCGGCCAGGCCAGGUGGUGGCCAUCGUCGGUGCUGGCGGUGGACUGGGCACGCUGGCCAUCCAGUACGCGAACGCAAUGGGCCUGCGCGUCAUCGGCAUCGACGGCGGGGAUGAGAAGAAAGCUGCUUGCCAGCAGUUAGGCUGCGAAGCCUUCAUCGACUACACCAAAACCAAAGACCUCGUCGCCGACGUCCGCGCCGCCUCCCCCGACGGCCUCGGCCCCCACGCCGUCCUCCUCGUCGCCGUCUCCGAAGGCCCCUUCCAGCAAGCGGCCAGCUACGUGCGCUCGCGCGGCUCCGUCGUCGCCAUCGGCCUGCCCGCGCACGCCUUUUUGAAAGCACCCGUCUUCGACACCGUGGCGCGCAUGAUCAACAUCAAGGGCAGUUAUGUCGGCAACCGCCGGGAUGCCAAGGAGGCCGUCGUGCCGCUGGAGGAGUUGCCAAAGGUGUUUGAGUUGAUGAGGCAAGGUAAAAUCACCGGUCGCUAUGUGCUGAAAAUGCCAGAUGCCGAAUAG